AGCACACGUGGGGACCGGCAGAAAUUGAAGCAUCAAAGGAGAGACUUUGUCAUUUAUACAUGGUUAUUUUAUAGAAAUUUUAAAAUGGUAGAACAAAAAGAGAUGAAUCUAACAGAGGAUGAGGCAGCACUGUACGAUCGGCAGAUUCGAUUGUGGGGCCUUGAUGCCCAGAAAAGAUUGAGAGCAGCUAGAGUGCUAUUGAUUGGCCUCCAAGGACUGGGAGCUGAGAUAUCUAAGAAUAUUGUGUUAGCUGGGAUAAAGUCACUCACACUGAUGGACCAUACUGUGGUGACAGAAGAAGAUGCAUGUUCACAGUUUCUCAUACCAAGGAGUAAAAUUGGUGAAAAUAGAGCUGAGGCAUCUGUUGAGAGAACUGCCCUGCUUAAUCCAAUGGUAGAGGUGACAGCAGACUCCAGUGAUAUUGCUGAAAAAGAUGAAACAUUCUUUCAAAAUUUUGAUGUGGUUUGUGCAACCAAUCUGAUCAAAGACCAGCUCCUCAGGAUAAACUCUAUAUGUCACGAAAACAAGAUAAAGUUCUUCGCAGGCGAUGUUUUUGGUUACCAUGGUUUCAUGUUUGCUGACCUGAAUGAGCAUGAAUAUGCAGAGGAAACAAUCAAGAAGAAAAAAGAAAGUGGAGAUGCUUCUGCAAAAAAAGCAAAAAUGCAAGAAGAAGAAACAGUUGUUUCCAAAAAGUCGAUGUCUUUUGUGAGAUUAAAAGAAGCACUGGCUGUGGAUUGGAGUUCAGAAAAUAUGUCCAAACUACUGAAAAAAGUACCUAAGACAUUUUUUAUCAUACAAGUUUUACUCAAAUUUAGAGCUCAACACAAAAGGGACCCUUCUCCAAAGUCCAAAGAAGAAGACAUUGUCAACCUGUUGAAAGUAAGGGACCAAGUGCUGGAGGAACUGAAGAUUAGCAAAGAUUUUGUUGAUGAUUCUUUUGCCAGCUACUGUUUUGCCGAACUCAGUCCAGUUUGUGCAAUUGUUGGAGGAGUCUUUGGGCAGGAAAUCAUAAAGGCUGUUUCACAGAAGGAUGCACCACACAACAAUUUCUUUUUCUUCAAUGGUCUUGAUGGAAGUGGAAUGGUGGACUGUAUAGGCAACAGUUAAAACCUUACCUUAUGGCACAGAGACCAUUCCCAAGAGACUGUUGUACUAACUUUGGAUCAAACCAUCUCUGAGGGGAUUCUCGCUUAAUUGCAAUUAACUUCGGUGGCUUAGAUGUGUGUCACGCUUGCUAAGGCUGAUAAUGGGUAAUUAACUAUCAUUUAGCAGCUUUAGUGGCCAUCCCAGAAGUCUAAGCCGCUUGGGCUGAAAGCAAUUUAGCGAGGGACCCGUGGAGAUGGACCCAUCCUGUUUGAUCGAUCUAGGGACGGGAACCCAGUCACAGACACAUGGCCUUGGCAUGACACAAAGUCAACUGGACGUGAUCCUUGCCAGGAUGAAUUGUGAGAAUUGUGAACUGUGUAAGAAAUGGUUUAAAAUUUACCUCAAACUAAAACCAUGUGUUUUAGCGAUAUGUUCACCUCCCCAUGAUAUGACAGUGAAAAUAAACUGAACAUGAGCAUUGUCAUAAGAAGAGGUGAAGAACAGAACUGCUGUGAAACAGUAAAUACUCUAGCUCUGUUUUAACUCCAAACUAGUUGGUGAAAGACUCACUGACAUUACAUUGAAGUGCUGAAAAUUUAUCAGAGGUUUUUUUUUUUUUUUUUUCUCUUUUUUUUUGCAACAGUUUUGGCCUACAAAAUUAUCCCAGAAUGGUACUUUUAUUAUUGUAUUUAUUGUUAUUUUGUAUUUUGAAAUGCUGGUAUAUUAGUAUGCUGAACAUAGCUUUUCAGGUACCAGCAUAUGAGGGUUUGGUGGUUUUGCACUACUUUGUAGUAUUCUGCUCUGCAUUGUUAUUAUACAGAGAGUUAUGUUUUGACUGACAUAUGUGCUUCAGUGGCAGAUUUAUAGG